AUGAUAUAUGACAAUUUUGAAGUAUAGAAGCCCAAACGGAGUAGUAGUUGUUAUGAUAAAUAAACAAGCAGCCAAAACAACAUUGCGAAAAUCCCAUAUUAAAAUCAGAACGAAAAUUUUGAUAAUGAAGAAGAAGAUGAGUAAAUCCAAGACAAUGCUUAAUAUCAGCAUAGUCUCAAAAACCAGCAAACCAAGAAUGAUGCAGUUGAAGGUAAAUACCCAGUAGGACGAUACGACAUGGCUUAGUACCAAGAUAGUAUGAGCAGCAGCAAUUAGGAUGUUAAUAGGCAAGGAGAUGAAGCAAAUGCCUAUGAUGAAGAAUUAUAUAGUGAAAUAGAUGGCGAGAGAAUAGAAAAAAGUGGCAAUACUUAUAAUGAUUACAUAGAUUAGGAAAUAUUAUUUGAUGAGGAUUAGGUUAAUUUUUAAUUAGGUGUAAGGAGUAAUUACAGUAGCAAUAACACAAAUAACAACUUCAAUAGCCAAAACUAAUAAGGCAAUAAUCAUAAUCAAGCUUAAAGUCAUCAUACCUCUACAAAAUAGUAUUAGAAUUAUGAUAAAUAUGGAGGUGAGGAUUAUAGCAGUGGAUAUAAAAAGAAUUAUGAUUCACGUAAUCAGAAUAAAGAAGAAAUUGGUAGUACAAAUGCAAUUGUAGGCUCUAGCACAAGUGUUAAAAGAUAAAGGAAUGCAAACAAUGAUUUGGCUUAAUAAUAUUUGAUGAGAUAGUUUUACAAUCAAAGUGCGAACAGCUGUACUAUAUGCUUGUCAAAAAUUAGCCUUGCCAAAAUUGUAUAAGAAUAGCUCCAUGACAAAUACUAUGAACUUUUUAAUUUUUAUUUUGCAAAGGGAAUCAACGAAAUUUUAGCAAAUGUGAAUACAUCUCAUGUUAUUUUAUUCAAAGAUUAUUUAUAUAUGGAUGACUCAUCAGAGUAUCUGAAGAGAUAUUACUAAUAUCAUGAAUAUUUUCCAAGAUUUAGUCUUCUAGCUGAUUUUUACACACAUUAGUACAAGGAAACACGCCCUAAUCUUUGUAUAAUUUCAUAGGCGCGCAUCAUAAACAAAAGAAAUUACAAGCAAGCUAAAUUAUUUAUAACCAAUCAGGAGAGGGCUUAUAGGAUGAAUGAGUAAAAUCAAAAUUAGGGAAACUAUAAUGAUGAAAUUAACUUUUAAGAUAACGUGGUUUAAGAUGAUUAAAAAGUAUUAUAGCAUUCUGUUAUUGGCUAAAAUGCUGAUGAGCAGUAGCCUAUCAGUAAUUUUUUAAAUGAGCUGGAUACUAAUUUUGAUGGUGUUUCUGCUGAAGAGAAUCUAAAUAACUAAAGUGGGUUCAUUAAAUAAGCUAAUGGGCAUCCUCGUCAUCACUAAAAUAUUUUACACUAAGACUAAAAUAUGAAUCAAAUGUAAUAUUAAGAAGGCUCUUUCAUGGAUGAGUAUAAUAGAUUCGAAAAAGAAAACAGCUUUGAAUCAAAAUCUCAUGAUAUUUAUUACCCAUCUUAUUCUUCUGAUAAUCAGAGUUAAUCAAGCAUCAAUAAAGAUCCUUUAAACUUAUUAAAGAAUUUGACCAAAAGCCAAAAGGCCGACAAUAAUGAUAGUUUAUCUCAUACAAAUUACAUAUUGGAAUUAAAGACAAAUUUUAAUGAUGAUAUAUUUAUUAAGAAUCCUAAUAUUAGAUUAAGAGGUAAUUUUAUCAGCAUUUAAUCAAGAAGCAACAGCAAUAUACACACAAAUCACAAGAACAGCAACAUUAAGAUUAACAACAAUCAUAUAAAUUCCAUCCAAAUUUAAGAUAAAACCAAUUAAAUAUCUACAUCUGGCUAGCUAACCCCUAAGUACAAUAAUUAUUUUUAUAAUGAAUUGCAGGAUUUAGAAUCAGAAAUGCCAUCAUACUUAAAAGUAUAUUUGGAAGAAGGAUAAAAUAUAAAUAGCUUUUCAUAGUAGCACCAUAGUGGGAAUGUAUCUUCUUAGCUUUCUCCAAUAAACUAGCAGCAAGCUAACUAAAUAAAAUUCAAUUAAACACAAUAAUUAUAAUAAUAAAUAAAUAAUCUCUAAUUAUAGCAUUCAUAGGGGAUAAAUUCACAUGACGAUAAAAAAAUAUAAUUAAAUCAAUAGUAGAAUUAUCAAAACUCAUUAAACUUGCUUUCAUCCGUUUCAGGUCAUUACAUGGGUUAAGGAAUAUAACCUGUAACUCCAUAAAGUAAUCAGACAAGUAAAAAUUAUUAAAAUUAGAGCGAUUCAAAUAGCUAGAUCAUGAAAGAUAAUAGAUUCAAAAUCCCAACAACAGCUCAAUAAAUUGGAAUAAACGAUGUGGAGCAGUGGAAAUAACCUCCUCUUUCAGCUAGAAAUCACGCUGAGAUUACUGAAGAGAUAAGGAAAAAGAAAAAUUUAAAUCCGAAAGGAAUAGUAAUAGCACCAGACCAAGUAAGUUAUUCAAAAGCAGUUUAAAACUCUACUCCACGCCAGCUCGUCUAAUAAUUAAAUGAUUUAACAUCAAAUUCUUCUUCAAAUCAAAAUGAAAAAAUUCAACAAAAUGCAUCACAAUCACCUUAAUUUUAAGGCAACAUCAAGCUAUAAAACUCAGCAAACACAAAUUAUACUAACAAGAACAUAAUAGAUUAGAACUUUAAUCAUGAUUAAGCUGUAUCUGUAUCAACACCUAGAGAUCCUUAAGCUAAACCAUAAGCUUAGCUACAAUAGUAACAAUAAAAAUAAGUCAAUAAAAACAACAAUUUGAGACCAAAUAAAACUCCUUUACAAGUUGAAACGAAACCAGAAAAUAAUUAUGAUUAUUUGCUAAAAGAAAACCAUCUUUCUGGAGGAAUUACAGGACCUUCUCUUAAAUAAAAUGCCCAUCAAUAACAAAAUUAGCAGUUCACUCAGUAAUUCUAACAACAAAAUUAGUAGUAAUAAUAAAUGCUUCAAUAGUAAUAAAUAUCAUAGUAAGCUUCUUAACAACAAUCUAAAUAGAACUCACUUCUUAACAGGAUACCUUAAAACGUUAAGCAGUAACUUGCUUUAAAUUUUAAUGAUAAUGAAUUGCUGUAAAAAAAUUUAAAAAUAAACCAAAUUUAAUAAUCCCCUGACCGAAUUUGGACUGAUAGAGAUGUGAAUCCUCGUCUUGCUGCUAACCCACAAAAGGAGAGACCUAACUAAUAAAAUACUGUCGUUAUUGGUAAGGGUGAAGUCAAACAUUUAAAGGGAGGUAAAGUUCUCAAUCGUCCUCUUUCAAAUAAUAAUGAACUUAUGGGUAGCCUAAGUGAUAGAAUUUUUCUCAACAAAAUACAGGAAGAAGAUGGAAAGAAUCACCACUUGCCUCAGGAUUACAAUAAAUUUAUCAGCGAGUAACACAAAGAAUUAUCAUAAAAGAUAAUCCAAAACGCAUUAAACAACUAAAUGAAUAAAAUUAGCUCUAGCAGUAGCAGCAAUAUACAAGAAAUAUAUCGCAAAUAUUAGCAAGCUAGGGAAGAAAGCCAUCAGUACUAAAAUUUUUAUAAUUCCAACAACUUGAAUUCACAGGACUAAACAAGUGUCAAAGGAAGUGGAGAACAUUUAAGCUUUAUUAAGGCAAUCUAACAAAAGCAUGAUGACCAAUCAAAUGACAUUCUUUCUAAAUUAUAUGCCAUGCACAGUAAUGUAAAUGUCCAAAAUGAUUAGAAGGAUGAUUAUCAUAGUAAUAAUAACAAUUUAACUAAUCACAUCAAGUAGCAGCUAAAUAAACAAAAACAGCAACAAAGCAGCCAAAUAUAUGAUGAAACAAUUUCAAAAAUACAUAAGUCGAAGAUUAACUAAUUAAUUCAAAAGGCAACACCAAAUAAUAAUUAGGCUUCUUAAAAAAAAGGAGGAGCAACUGCUAAUUCCAGUAAUAAUAAUGUGAAUAGUAAUAUCAAUAACAUUAUUAAUAUAAACAAUAAUAUAAACAUAAUUGCUAAACAUUCGAUAAAUAACAGCAGCUCUUAGCACUCUAAUUACACCUAGAAUAAUUAGUAUGUUGCAAACUAGCAAGUUAAUUCUCAGCAACAACGUAAGUAAAAUAAGAAGUCCCCUCCUCAUAGCAAUUACAGCAAUCUUAAUAGCUAUAACAAUUAAUUAAAUUAGUAAACUACACAAUCGUCAAAUAACAAUCAAAUUUAAGUGAGCAGUGGAAGCAGUAAUACUAACUAAACUAACUUUCAUAAUUCGCAACUGUACUAACAUCUUUAGCAGUAAAAUGCUGAUUUAUACAAUAAUUCUAUAGGUACUAUCUCAAAUCAAGCUGUCAGUAAGCUUUAAUAAGAAAUCAAGUAAAAUGCUUGUACUCCUAAUAGAAUGGCUCACAAAGACUAGUAAGUUCAUAACAACAACUAGCUAAAGUAAGCAAGGACUUCCAGCUUGAUUAAGAAUCUAAGCGGAGAUCACGAGACAUUCAAUGAGUCAAACUACAAAGUAUAAAAAUAACAAAAAUUAAACUAAGCUGCGAUUAUCGUUCCAACUGCUUAACACAUGCUUCAAUAAUAUUAAGCAGAUUAAAUGCAACACAGUAAUCAAGUAGUUAGCAGUACUUAAAACAAUUAAUAAAGCAAAUCUCCUAUCUCUUCAACAGUUUCAACUUGCAAGAAUGUAAAUCAAAAGCAGCUAUCCUACACUUCUAUGCACAAUCAUCUUUAAAAUCAAUAAAAUCCAAAUAGCAAAGCUGGAAAAAUAACUCCAAAUUCAACUGUAUCUAACUCUAACAUGAAUUAGAAUGGUAAAGUAUUUUUUAAGUCAAUAAACGCUAGUGGAAAUACAAGCAGCUAAGCUCUAAAAACAGGAAAUCAGACAAAUACAAAUAGCAUUAUUCAAAGCAAUAACAAUAACAAUAAUAAUAUUAAUAUAAAUUCAAUUCUUACAAAUAAUUACAUUUCUCCUACAAAUCAUAAUUAAAACACAGUAACUCCAUUAAACAUAAUGAACAACUAUAAAUCUACAAACAAUACUUCAUAAAAAUCAUAUUAAGAAAGUCAUUAAAAUUCAAUGGAUAAAAACGGUUCUUCAAGCAGAUAGCUUUAGCACAUUUACUCCCAGCAAUAAUAGCAAUAGAUUUAACAAAGCUAAAAAAAUUUAUCAUAAAAUUAGCUUGGAAGUAACAUCAAUCAAAAUAGUAUUAAUGCUAAUAACUCAACAUUAAAUUAAAACAAUAUUAUAAAUUUCGAUAUAAAUUCUUAACUUUCUAGAACUAUGAUGAGCAAUACAAAUAGAGGAGGAACAGCAUAAGGAUUCAAUGAAGUAAAUAGCUUCAAUAACAAUAAUGAAACAACUCUCAACCAAAAAUCUCUAAUUUAACCUGGUUCUUCUCACUCAACUACUGGAAUAACAAAUAGUAAUAACAAUAUGCUUGUUUAAUCUAACACCCCAAUUAAUGGAGCAGCUUAAUCAAUUAUCUAAGCCAACCUUAACUAAAAGAUAUCCUCUCCUAACCAUAAAAAGAAGCAAAAAUCAGAAAGUCUUUCAAAAUCAAAUCAAAAAACAAACAAAAACUCUCAGGGUUAGCAAAUACAAAAUUAAAAUAUUUAAUUCAUCUCUAACGAAUUAAGUGGAGGUAUUUCUUCUUAAUCUCCAAUAAAUGUUAACUAAAAUCAACAGUUACAAUAAUAGUAAUAGAAUCACUUAAACUAAAAUGGCCUUUAAAUACUUUCAUUUGAAUAAACACAUCAAGGAUCUUCUGUUUAAAAUAAGUAAAUAUUACCUUCGCCAUCUUCAUAUGGAUAAAGUUAGCAAAAUAGUAUUAUUCCACAAUAAAAGAAGCAGGAGUUUAAGUUGAAUAUCAGCAAAAUUAUCAAUUAGCAGCACGAAUUUAAUUCAAGUGGCAACAAAAAUAUUUAUAGCAGCAGUAGCACUACCAAUAUGAACUCUUAAAAUAUGAAUCAUCUAAUGAUGUACAAUAAUUAAGAAGAAAAUCAAGAAAAUUCAUAUGGAUUUUGGACUUCUAGAUCAAAUAAAUAAAAUUAUUAACAUUCUUCAUAAUUGUAAUAAUAUGCUUCUCAGCAUGGUUCUUCUAGUACCAGUAAGUAUUCCUCUUCUAAUCCUAAAUAAGCAAAUCUAACAGAAAGAAAAUUAAUAAAAACAAAUAAUAAUUCCAAAUAACGUAAAGAAGUACCUGCUGUUAACUUGACUGAUAGAAACUAAUAUCAUCGUAGCCAGUAAUACACAGCUUCUUAAUAAAAGCAUGAUAACUAAAAACCUUCCCCUUAAAACAGAAAAAAUACUGCUUAAAAGAAUUAAAAUAGCAAAAAUAUUGAUAGUCACUUUAUAAAUUAAAAUUCAUUAACUGGAAAAGAAAAGAUAAAUUUUAUGAGUGGAAGUGGCAGCUUAUCAGGUUUUUCAUUAAAAAAAUGA